AUGACAAUUAGAUCCAGUUUACCAGGCGCGUACGAGAGCCAAACCAACUAUAUUGAUGUAGAUAAGAAUCCCAAGAUGUCCUUGGCUCCGAAGACACCCAAGGGUGUGAAAAAUUCAGUUUCAAGACAAUCAUCCAGUUCGAGACCAUCGACUCCUCUCAGCAGAAGAGAUACAGAAACGAUGAAUCCUGAAGACGCGGUGAGUGUGAAGUGGCACCUGGACGAGUUCAAGCAGAAUCUGGUGUCCAUCCUGAACGAUCCUAUGGCCUCCAAAGUAGAUAAAGAUACCUACUACAACGACUGGGGCUCUGCGUUCGUAAACGAGGUGUGUCCUCCCUCCGUUCUACCGCCGGUCACCGUACGGGAUUUCGACAAGUACUUCGGUAAGAUAACAGAGAGAAAGUACCACACCCUCAAGAAGAACCGACAGGCCAUGAAAGCCGCCACCAAGCUCAGAGAAAAGGAACUCGCCCAAGCCAACGACGCACGGGGCCCGUCGCAGAACGAUAUGAAGUCCAUCGCCAAGGCUGUCCAGGAUGUGCCCAGCAUCUUCUUCACCCCAACAUUUCACCUGGAGGACUCCCAAACCUUUAAACUGGUCUUCACGCAUGCCGGGUCAGAAGAGCAGGACUACGAAAAUGAAGCUGAGCAACAGCUAUCACCACGUGGGGGUAACCAUGACAACCACGCAAUGGACAAUGUCAGUGAGCGAAGUAGAGGCGAUGAGAGCAUCAACGACGACCCCAACGGCUGGGUAGAGUCGAGGGUAUGC